CUUUCAUUUCCAAACCAACUUUUUUUCUUAUUUUCAUCAUCAUCAAGAAUCCAAGAAUCAUUUUCACAGAAACCCUAAUUGAAAAAUGAUGAUGAAGAACGUGAAGCUCUUACUCUUCUUCUUCACCAUCUCCAUCCUCCUGAUCGCCGUCGUCCACGCCGCUGAUGAAGAAGGCCAUGAAGGCCAUUCGCAUUCCGGGAAACCGAAAUGCGAAUGCUCACACGAAGACGACCAUGAAAACAAAGCCGGAGCUCGGAAAUACAAGAUCGCCGCCAUUCCUUUCGUUCUAGUCGCCGGCGUACUAGGAGUUCUUUUCCCUCUCUUAGGCAAAGUCUUCCCUUCUCUGCGCCCUGAAACAUCUUUCUUCUUCGUCACGAAAGCCUUUGCCGCCGGCGUGAUCCUCGCAACCGGGUUUAUGCACGUCUUGCCUGAGGCUUACACGAUGCUUAACUCGCCGUGUCUUACCUCAGAAGCAUGGGACUUUCCAUUCACCGGAUUUAUUGCGAUGGUGGCGGCGAUCUUGACGCUAUCCGUUGAUACAUUUGCGACUUCGAGUUUCUAUAGAUCGCAUUGCAAAGCGUCGAAGAUGAUCGCCGAUGGAGAAUCCGGCGAGCCAACCGUCGACACCGCCAAGGUCCAGGUUCUCCGGACUAGAGUUAUUGCACAGGUAUUGGAGCUGGGAAUAAUAGUACACUCAGUGGUAAUAGGAAUAUCACUUGGAGCUUCACAGAGUCCAGAAGCUGCAAAAGCUCUCUUCAUUGCCUUAAUGUUUCAUCAGUGCUUCGAAGGUCUUGGCCUUGGUGGUUGCAUUGCUCAGGGAAAAUUCAAGUGUUUGUCAGUAACAAUAAUGUCGACGUUCUUCGCUAUAACGACUCCACUAGGAAUCGUUCUUGGAAUGGGAAUAGCGAAUUCGUACGAUGAGUCUUCUCCAACGGCUCUGAUCGUUCAAGGUGUACUGAAUGCUGCAUCCGCAGGUAUUCUCAUCUAUAUGUCUUUGGUGGACCUUCUCGCAACAGAUUUCAUGCACCCAAAGAUGCAAUCUAAUACUGGGCUUCAAAUCAUGGCCCAUAUUGCUCUCCUCCUUGGUGCUGGUCUCAUGUCUAUUUUGGCCAAAUGGGCUUAAUAAUUUCUUAAUUAACAAUUUCAAUUUUGUUCAUGGGACUUUUCAAUGGUUAUCGUGGACUUGAAAUAUCAUUUGUUCUUUUUUCUUUUUUUCUUUUUUGUUGGCAACCAUUUUGUUCGUAUCUUUGUUCUUUUCAAUUUAAUUUUCGAGAUCUCUGACUUCUGGCCCACUUCAUGAUGCAAAACCA